AAUUGUUGUUUCAUUGUUUAAUAAUCACGGUAUUUCAAUAUUCAUACGGUAGCAAUCGACGAAAGCCAAAAUGUCAUCUCGUUUCUCAAAAGCUGAUCUUGGCUCUUUUAGAUUAAUAGAAUGGGUAUUUCGGCUUAAUAAUUUUACGAUCAGUGUUUGGGAUUAAUUAAGUUUUUUUUUUCAAACUGAUUUCUCUUCGGUAUUUAAUGAUAAACAUUCUGUCCGAAUUCGAGCUGCGACGAUGCAAGCGGGUUCGCAUACAGCGUACGCCGGCCUGGAGCGGUCCUUUUGUGUGCGCAUGAAAUCGACACUCACUAAGAGAGGCUGCCAUUUCAAGUCUUCUGGCUACAGGGUUGUCUUGGUGUUGUGUCAUCUUCGGCCGCAGAGCAUCUACACAUCCUCCGCCCCUUCCCUUGGAGGGGCGCAGCUUAAAGGUCAGCCUGUUCUUGGGCUGGUGGGUUUGGCGGUGGCCCUACCUCCGCCAUCUGUGAACGAGGUACGACUUGGCUGCGAUAUGUUCGUAACGCGGGUGAACCUUGAUUUCCGGGUGUCGCACUGCGAGCCUAGGGUGCAGCAGCUGUUAGACUAUAAUGCCGAUGAUCUCACAGGCCGGAGUCUCUAUUCGCUUGUGCACGCUCAAGAUGUUCAACGACUUAGACAGCUACAUAUGGACAUUAUGCAUAAAGGGCAAGCUAUGAGUGGUUAUUAUCGUCUUAUGAACAAAAGUGGAGGCUUCAGUUGGAUCCAGACGUGCGCGACGGUCAUCUGCGCAUCAAAGCAAAGUUCACAGGAGGAACAGAGUAUCAUCUGCGUAAACUACGUUAUCUCGGCGGGGGAAUUCGAUUCGGUAGUGAUGGAUGCGAGCCAACUUCCUGGCUAUCGGGAGCCUUCUCCGCUUAAACGGGAUUGCGGUAGCCCACCCGUUUCACCCCUGCCAAAACCUCAUCAUACGCUCGCUUCGGGAGUUGGCACUUCAGCAACAUUGACUAUGCACCAAAGCAACACGGCCGAUCCUCUACCGUUAAGCACGUUACCGAUAUCGGGCGUGUCCAAGCUGGAACCUGUGAAGGACGUAUCCUGUGACCCUGUAUCGAGUCCACUCACAUACGAGGUAUUGGACGACCCUAAAGCACGCAAAAAAUACAACGGCGGACACAGUGGCGGUAGUGGGAAAAAUCGCAAACGACCAGCCGUGUCUGACUCUCCCGAGGAUGGCGAGAUGAAGGAAAAGAAGGAAAUCUCAGAACUCUCACGGCCGUGGAAGAGUGGUGCUAGCGAUAACAGUAACGUUAAAGAUCUUGAAGACGCUAUGAAGAAGCAUCUUCCACCACCACCUUUACCGUCACAGACUUCGCUGGACGCAAAUAACAGACUGAUGCCUCAGCCUCCGACGAUACAGUGGAUAGGUGCACCUGCGCCUAGCACGCCUCCCAGCGCAACGUCUUCUCUCCUUCGUCAGUUGUAUGUGAACCGUGAAACCGUCAUUCGACAAUCGAAUCAACCAGCUGCUGGCAAUGGCCGUUCGCCCUAUACGCCGUAUGGCGAUGUGGCUCCGGCGGACGCUUACCAUCAUCAUAGUCAUGGAGACUUUAUGUUGCACCAUAAUCCGGCAGGUUUAGGUGCGCCGUAUAAUGGUUACGAAGCCUAUCCACAGGGAAGAGAUAAUUUAGUGCCGGGAAUGAUGACCCCAGUGGCCACGCUCCCUUCAAUGACAUCGAUGACUUCAAUGACAUCUAUGCAGAGACAUGUCCCGUACGAACUACCCCUUCGGCCCCAGGUGUUGGUGCAUCCCAGCCUCGACUAUGCGCCUCCUCCACCCAUUCAUAACGAACCGCAAUUGUAUCAUCACCUAUCAGGCGGCAACCCGUGGUAUCCACAGCCUAAUUAAGGCUGACUCGAAGAACUUGAAUGGCAGUUGCAAUAUCUAACAGAGUGAUCGAUAAAACUAACGAGGACGAAAGCAUCAACCGGACACAAUAAUACCAGCAACGCCGACGUUAACUGUAUUAGGCUAUCUAUCGUAGUUCAGUAACUACAGGACCACGUGUUCUUAAAGCUGUUCGGAAGUGAUAAACAGUAAAAAAAAAAAAACGAUAUGAUUUGUAUCUAUUGAAUAUGCCCUAAGAGAAUCACUCAUCAAUCCGCAAGAAGCAUCAAUUAAUUGAAUCCGGUUUUGGACCGCGCGGAACCAGCGAAUGUUCGAACCACGAGGUUGACUAUCGGACGUGAUGUCACCAAUCUAUACACAUACUAGAUUAGAUAGAUUGAUAUGUAUAAAUAAACAAAAUAGGUGAAGAAGACACGAUGACACACGAACUGUGACGAGGUCUGGUCGCGAAGACUGAAUACUUAGUGCUUAUGAAAAAAACGCGUACAGAACGCGAUUUGAACGCGCCUUAUAUACCGCCUUUGAUGGGCGCGACUGUAACAAAUUGUAUAUACCUGUGAUAGAGUAAUUUAGAGAGAUAAUUCUAUCCAUAAGAAUUAAAUUGUUGAUAAAAUCAACUAGAUGACGAUGAUGCGUCAGUAAUCGAGAAAAGUAAACAACAAUGAAAUAUUAGAGAAAGGGUGGUCAGUUCAAAUAAAAGAAAGAGGUAAAUAAAGUAAAUAUAUAAAUAGCAGAAAAAUUACAAGUGUGGUGUAGUACGGGGCCUGUCACCGCCGUUAAUCAUUGGCGCUCCUGUAAAAAUAAACGAAAUAUCAAUAGUUGAUUGAAAAAAUCGAAUAAAGCAAACAUUAACAUAAUAUAGAUGUAAUAUAUGUCGAUACACACACACACACACACACACACAAAAUGACGACGGUGAUAAUUAUCAUCAUGGCGUUCAAUAAACGUUUGUAUUUAUA